AUGAGCGGUAACAAAACCUCGGUGUUGUGCUGUUUGCCGUUGGGCAUCGGUACCUUUGUGAUCUCGUUGGUGAUGAUUCUAUGCAUGCUUGCGGAUGCGACAACUAAGAUUGAGGACAUUUGGGAAGACCGUAAGGACCAGACGACAAUGUCAUGGCUUUCGUUCGGCAUGUCCCUGUUUCCUUUUCUUUGUUGUCUAGCUGGAUUCUUCGGUACGCUGAUUAGUAGCGCCGGACUACUGAAGAUGGGUGCGUUCAUUGUGUAUCCUUCGAUUAUCAGCAUUAUGGGAUCAUGUUUGAUUAUGUGGCUGAAGAUCAAUGGGAUGGAUGGUGACUUGGUACAGCAGUAUGAUGGCUCAGGUAAUUUGAUUGAUAUCCAAGAUGAUCGGUUACCGAAUGAGAAGUGGAUUGCGGCUGGUAUUGUUACGGCGGUGGAUAUCGUUGUAUUGCUGUUGCUAUGCUACAUUGGGGACAUCUUCCUGAGCUCACACAAACGGAUCAAGCGCGGACAGAGCAUUUGGCAUUAA